AUGAAUCAGAUUACCCUCAAGCUCGACGACGGUUCCUUCACGUCAGACUGUCAACUUAUAGGGGCGAAAGCAUUGGCCUAUUUUGAUGAUCUUUUUCACGCUACUCCUUACCAUCUUGAUCAAGAUCUGUUCUCACAUGUGGAAGCUAAGGUUACUACAACAAUGAAUACUAAAAUUUGCCAAAUCCCAGACGAAGAUGAAGUUUACAAGGCUAUUAAAGAGUUGUCACCGGAUAGUGCUCCUGGGCAAGAUGGUUUCACAGGUUACUUUUAUGUUCGAUGUUGGAGUAUAAUCAAGGAAGAUUUUAUGCUGCUAGUUAGUGGCUAUUUUCAAGGGGACUAUCUCUCGAAAUGCGUGUCCACUACUCUUCUCUUUCUUCUGCCGAAGGUUUCUAAUCCGGAAAACCUUACUCAAUUUCGGCCAAUCAGCUUGGGAAACUUUGCUAGCAAGGUUAUUUCAAGAAUUAUUGCUUCGCGAUUAAACGCAUUCCUACCACAGAUAAUUUCGGAAGAACAAUCAGGGUUCUUGAAAGAUAGGAGCAUCCAUGAAUCGAUUGUUAUAGCGCAAGAAUUGGUUUCGGAUAUUGAUCGAAAGGUUGAAGGUGGAAAUAUUAUAUUUAAAUUUGACAUGUCUAAGGCCUACGAUAGAUUGGAAUGGAGGUUUUUGCUUAAAGCCUUGCACGCCUUGGGAUUUUCACAUCCAGUGUGUGAUCUACUAUAUAGAUCAUUUUCCAAUAUUUGGUAUUCUAUAUUAAUUAAUGGGGAAUCGUACGGUAAUUUCAAAUCUUCUAGAGGAGUUCGUCAAGGUGAUCCCGUUUCUCCACUUUUAUUUAUCAUCGCCCAAGAAAUUCUCACUCUCAAUAUUAAACGAUUGGAGGAUCAAGAACGCAGUAAAAAGUAUAAAGUCCGUCGAGGCUCUCUUCACAUCUCCCAUCUUUUUUAUGCGGACGAUAUGCUUUUAUUCACCAAUGGCAGCAAAAAAUCGAUCACGAGAUUAAGGCACAUGCUAAAAAAAUACGAGGAUUCGUCUGGUCAGCUAAUUAAUUUGGAUAAGAGUGGAUUUUACACAUCUAAGAGGAUCCGAGAUACUAAAAUUCAUCUCUUUAAAGAAUGGACUGGCUGCAUCCAUAACUCGUUGCCGUUGAAAUAUCUCGGGGUUCCAAUAUACAAAGGGCGUUGUCUCGUGAAACAUUUUGAUUAUUUGAUCCAACAGGUUCAACAUCGGCUGGCAGGAUGGCAAUCGAAGUUACUAUCGUUUGGUGGUAGAAUUUCACUGGUACGUUCGGUUCUUUUUAGCCUACCCACCCACACCCUUUCAUCAGCCGUGGUUCCCAAGCAAACCAUAGUCAGAAUGGAGAGGCUUUUUCGUAAAUUUUUAUGGGGUAAAUAUGAAGGAUCUGGGAUUAAUUGGAUCAAUUGGACGACUAUCUGUCAGCCGAAAGAUGAAGGUGGCCUUGGUUUUCGCUCAUUGCUAGACACUAAGAAGAUUAUGGCGGGUCCUAGAUGGGAGGUUAAGGAACAGCCGCAACAAUUUACUCCUCAACUGCAGCCGGAGCAACAAACGAUCUUCGAUAUUAUUCAGCUGGAUGAGAGGGUUGAUGAUAGAUUAAUCUUCACAAAAUCGUUUUCUGGGAAUUUUAAUGUGGCUGACUAUUGGGAGUUGAUCCGUUACAAAGCUUCUCCGAAUCCUUUGGCGAAAAAAAUUUGGCAUCCUAAAAUUCCAUAUAACAUAGGUGCAUUUUUCUGGAAAUUGUCAUAUGGAGCGAUCCCGGUGGACUUGGUUCUUCGAAGGCGGGGCUGCAUGACUCCAUCCAAAUGUCGGUGUUGUGCUGCUCCCAAGCUAGAAAGUCUUUCUCAUUUAUUCCUUCAAUCGGAUAUUGCUCGUGGCGUUUGGAGUAAUUAUGCAAGGAUUUGGCAGAAACCUUAUGUUUAUGGGUCUAUGCAGCAUCUAAUUCAAGUUUGGAUGGUUGAUGCUAGUAUUAACCCUCAAGACGGUUUUAUGGAGCUUGGUACUCUCAUGUUUGGUUGUUGGGAGAUCUGGAAAAGUCGAUGCAGGGCAAUCUUCGAGGAUACUCCGAUGAAUACGACCACUAUUACUCGAAGUAUAUUCUCACAUCUUCGAGCUUUGAACGACGCUUUCUUGGGAAAACGCCCAAUGAAACUGAUGGGGCGACUCAUAAUCCAACAAUUAAAUUUGGAGGUUAAGUCACCUCCAUUGACUAGGGGCAGCUGGAUAAAGUGGAACCCUCCGAAUCCACUUCAAGUCAAGGUCAACGUGGAUGGCACAAGAAAAUGGGAUGAAUGUUCCGGGGGUGGGUUAAUUCGGACUCACGAUGGAUCUUUUAUUCGAGGCUUUUCUAAUUUUUACGGUCAAGGUACACACAUUCUUGCAGAAGCCCAGACAAUUCUCGAUGGGCUGCGAAUUUGUGAUGAGAUGGGUUUUACACAGGUUAAAGUGGAGUCAGAUUCCAAAUUAGUUAUCGACAUGAUUUAUCAUAAAGCCACAGUUGCAUGGGAGUUAAUUUACGUCAUCAAAGGCAUUAGAAGACUUCUCAAGGACGAUUGGCACGUGAUGCAUAUUAAUCGAGAGGGUAAUCGGGUGGCUGAUGGUUUAGCUAAGUUGGCUCAUGAGCACAGAGAGAGGAAGCUAUUUAAAGUUGUAAACGAACUUCCUCGGUAUAUUAGACCUUUAUUACUUCACGAUAGGAUUGGAAUUCCUCAGUUUCGUAGAUUUUCAAGAAGCAAAUGA